AUAUAUAUAACUUUGGGUAUAAAAGCCAAGUCAUACGGUUACCCCUCUUCUUGCAAUUGCACUUGCUCCUUCAAUUCCUUCCUUCAUUCCUGAAAACCUCUCUUUAUUUGGUACUAAAACUCUUCAGAACAGAAAAAAAAAAUGGCGGCGAAAAGGUUUUUGGAUGAUUCUGAUGAUCGAGACCAAGAUAAGCCAAACGACAAACGGAUUAGAUUUAAUAGGCCUACUUUGGCUUCGGUAAUAACCGAAGCUGUUAAGGUGAAAAAUUUGCAAAACUUGUUUACAGUAGCCUUGGAACCUGUGCUCAAGAGAGUGGUGAGUGAAGAGGUUGAUAGAGCGAUGAGGCAAUGGUGUUCUUGUUCUUCGUCAAGGUCCUUAACAAGGUCACCAUCAUUGAGAAUCAAAGCAUUUGACGAUGAUCAACCAUCAUCAACCUUGCAACUGGUCUUCAGCAAGAGGCUAUCCCUUCCAAUCUUCACCGGAAGCCGAAUCCUCGACGUCGAAGGCAACCCUAUAAGCAUACUUCUCAUGGACAAGAGCAGUGGCCAGAUGGUUCCAACAAGCCUCCCACACCCAAUCAAGCUCGAACUCCUCGUGCUCGACGGCGAUUUCCCCCUUUCUGAUAAUGACAACUCUUCUUCAUCUUCUUCAUCUUCUCGUGGUUGGAGUAGUGAAGAAUUCAAUAGCCGCAUAGUGAAGGAGAGAACUGGCAAGAGACCUUUGCUUGCCGGAGAGUUGAACCUCACCAUGAGGGAUGGCAUUGCACCAACUGGGGACAUUGAGUUCACCGAUAAUAGUAGCUGGAUUCGCAGCCGGAAGUUCCGGGUUGCCGUUAGGGUGGCUCCGGGGACUAACCACCAUGCUCUUGCAAUUCGAGAAGGCAUUACUGAAGCUUUUGUUGUCAAGGAUCACCGUGGAGAAUUGUACAAAAAACAUCACCCACCAAUGCUAAAUGACGAAGUGUGGCGGCUAGAAAAGAUUGGAAAAGAUGGAGCUUUCCACAAAAAAUUGAGCUCAGAAGGGAUCAAAACAGUUCAAGACUUUCUCAAACUAUCAGUUAUUGAUCCUCAUAGGCUAAGAAAGAUUUUGGGCAUUGGGAUGUCAGAUAAAAUGUGGGAAGUGACAAUCAAGCAUGCAAAGACUUGUGAAAUGGGAAGCAAGAUCUAUAUCUACCGUGGCCCUCAUUUCACUCUUUUUCUUAAUCCAAUUUGCCAAUUGAUUAAAGCUGAUGUCAAUGGCCACACAUUUCCUACCAAAGAGCUUACCAAUUUGAAUAGGGCUUAUAUAGAGAAGUUGGUGAGAGAAGCAUACGCUAAAUGGCAAAACUUGGAGGAAUUUGAUGGGGUUUUGAAUGAUAACAUUGCUUUGUUAACCCAAGGUGAUGCAAAUAUGGAGCAAUAUCAAAAUAAUCAUCCAGGUUCGGUGGUAACAUAUGAUAGCAACGAUUAUUAUGGUGACAAAUCUACUGCCAGCUAUGUACCAAGUAAUAACAACAAUGACAAUAGUUCAAUAAUAAUGGGGUCCAUGGAGUGGUCCCUGAAUAAUAGUAACCCAGGAUACACCACAGCAUCAUUCACCAAUGGAUUUCCCUAUGGAUUUUCAUCAGGAUCUCAAUCGGACGGUGAUAUAACACCUACUUCGGGUUGUGUCAUUGACGAGGCUCCAAGGAGACAUAUUUAGGAGUAACAAAAAUUCCUACACACAAUGUACAGUAUGUAUGUGUAGGCAUGCUACUUACAAUCUUUGUAGGUAGGGUGCCCCUAAAUACUGUGUCCAACAAUAAUAUAUAUAGAGUAUAAUAUAAGAUGACAAUUUAGUCAACUAGUUGACAUUGCGUUGUAAAUAGAGGCAAGGAUUGGAAGAGUCAAAUUAGGGUUAUGUGCUAUGCCCAUUAUUAUUAGUUAAA